AGUCCCUAUUUGGAACUGCUCUCGCGGCAGUUCAGACCUCGUGCGCGUCCCCCUCGCCUGUCUGUGUGUGGUAUCCGCAGGUCCAAGGCACUUUUUUUGGUGUGUGUGUAUGUGUGUGUGUUGAGUGUUUGUGUUCGGGGGUUUCUCGGGGCUCGGAGAGAGCCKGGCCGAAGGGAAGGAAGGAAGCCGCAGAGCUCCCUGUCUCAGGCUGCGUCUCUCCUCCAGCGCUCUCCUGCCUGCGCGCUGUGAGGCGGCAGCGGCGGUGGCGCCGAGCGCUCCUCGCUGGGUUCGCACAGCUCAAGUUGGGAGCAGCGAGGACCCCUUGGCUGAGGUUUUCCGUGCCCGCUGGGAUAAGAUGCCAGGGCGGUUGAUUUGCUCCUACUGAACCCGGAGUUCCUCCCCGGCCCUGGGAAGGGUUGGCGGCGGCGGCGGCGGCGGCGGCGGCGGCAGUAGCAGACGGAACAGCAGGCUCUCCUCUCCGAGGGGGGGCGUCGAAGCGCCCGCGCCGGGCUCCAGCCCUCACCCUCCCGCGCUCCUGCGGCCCCGAGCAGCCACCUUCAGUGCCUGCCUUCUUCCUCUUCUCGUCGCGAGUCCCCGACCCGGCUGCCUCUAGGAUCAGACCCGCUCGCCCCGGAUGCUUGGGGUUGCCCCGCGCACCCCGCUCCAGGUUCUACGCGCUGAGUAAUCCAAAGGGGACCCGCGCUCGCCCCGGGAGGAGCCCCCGGCCCUGGGACCCAGCUCUGGACCCGCCGGGGAGCCGACGAUGUCCACGCAGCCCCAGGCGUUGACACUGUCCACGCAGCCAGGGGAAGGCGGCCGGCUGCAGCCCGCCGAGCCCUAGGAGCACAAAGCCCGCUCCCGCCGCCCGGCCUCGGCGCCCGCCGACGACUUUGCCGCCUGCUCCGCAGCUCUUUGUCUCCACUUGGGGCGGGCGCCCGACUCUGGGAUUUCGCUGUGAUAGCGGGCUGGGGGGGCCGGGGGCGAGUUCUCGGUUCCCCGGCCGCCCCCCGCUCGGGCUCGGCUCCCCCCUCCCCCGCACCUCUCCGGCCCGGGCUCUCGGCGCUUCCACGCUCUCGGAAUCACGACCCCUCCCUGCCAUGUAUCCGCAAGGCAGACAUCCGGCUCCCCAUCAGCCCGGGCAGCCGGGAUUUAAAUUCACGGUGGCUGAGUCUUGUGACAGGAUCAAAGACGAAUUCCAGUUCCUGCAAGCUCAAUAUCACAGCCUCAAAGUGGAGUACGACAAGCUGGCGAACGAGAAGACGGAGAUGCAGCGCCAUUAUGUGAUGUACUAUGAGAUGUCCUAUGGCUUGAACAUUGAAAUGCACAAACAGACAGAGAUUGCGAAGAGACUGAACACAAUUUUAGCCCAGAUCAUGCCCUUCCUGUCACAAGAGCACCAGCAGCAGGUGGCUCAGGCAGUGGAGCGUGCCAAGCAGGUCACCAUGACAGAGCUGAACGCCAUCAUCGGGCAGCAGCAGCUCCAGGCGCAGCACCUCUCCCAUGCCACGCAUGGCCCCCCUGUACAACUGCCGCCCCACCCAUCAGGCCUCCAGCCUCCUGGGAUCCCCCCAGUGACGGGAAGCAGCUCUGGACUGCUGGCACUUGGCGCCCUGGGCAGCCAGGCCCACCUGUCGGUGAAGGAUGAGAAGAACCACCAUGAACUUGAUCACCGAGAGAGAGAAUCCAGUGCGAAUAACUCAGUGUCACCCUCAGAAAGCCUCAGGGCCAGCGAGAAGCACCGAGGCUCUGCAGACUACAGCAUGGAAGCCAAGAAGCGCAAGGCCGAGGAGAAGGACAGCCUGAGCCGAUACGACAGUGAUGGGGACAAGAGUGAUGAUCUGGUGGUGGAUGUUUCUAACGAGGACCCAGCAACGCCCCGGGUCAGCCCUGCACACUCCCCUCCUGAAAAUGGACUGGACAAGGCCCGGGGCCUGAAAAAGGACGCCCCCACCAGCCCCGCCUCGGUGGCCUCCUCCAGCAGUACACCUUCUUCCAAGACCAAAGACCUUGGUCAUAAUGACAAAUCCUCAACGCCUGGCCUCAAGUCCAACACACCAACUCCRAGGAAUGAUGCCCCGACCCCAGGCACCAGCACAACCCCAGGGCUCCGCUCAAUGCCAGGCAAACCUCCAGGCAUGGACCCGAUAGGUAUAAUGGCCUCAGCSCUGCGCACGCCCAUCUCCAUCACCAGCUCCUAUGCCACACCCUUUGCCAUGAUGAGCCACCACGAGAUGAACGGCUCCCUCACCAGCCCAAGCGCCUACGCUGGCCUCCACAACAUCCCGCCCCAGAUGAGCGCCGCCGCCGCCGCUGCAGCUGCUGCCUAUGGCCGAUCGCCAAUGGUUGGUUUUGACCCUCACCCUCCCAUGCGGGCCACAGGCCUGCCCUCAAGCCUCGCCUCCAUUCCCGGAGGGAAACCAGCCUACUCUUUCCACGUGAGCGCUGAUGGGCAGAUGCAGCCCGUGCCCUUCCCCCAUGAUGCUCUGGCAGGCCCUGGAAUCCCAAGGCAUGCCCGCCAGAUCAACACACUCAGCCACGGGGAGGUGGUGUGUGCCGUGACCAUCAGCAACCCCACGCGGCACGUCUACACGGGUGGCAAGGGCUGCGUGAAGAUCUGGGAUAUCAGCCAGCCGGGCAGUAAGAGCCCCAUCUCCCAGCUGGACUGCCUGAACAGGGACAACUACAUUCGCUCCUGCAAGCUACUCCCUGAUGGGCGCACACUCAUUGUGGGUGGAGAGGCCAGCACACUCACCAUCUGGGAUCUGGCCUCACCCACACCCCGCAUCAAGGCCGAGCUGACGUCCUCCGCUCCUGCCUGUUACGCUCUGGCCAUUAGCCCUGAUGCAAAAGUCUGCUUUUCCUGCUGCAGCGAUGGGAACAUUGCCGUCUGGGACCUGCACAACCAGACCCUAGUCAGGCAGUUCCAGGGCCAUACAGAUGGGGCCAGCUGCAUAGACAUCUCCCACGAUGGCACCAAGCUGUGGACUGGGGGCCUGGACAACACCGUACGCUCCUGGGAUCUGCGGGAGGGCCGGCAGCUGCAGCAGCAUGACUUCACCUCCCAGAUCUUCUCACUAGGUUACUGCCCCACUGGGGAGUGGCUGGCUGUGGGCAUGGAGAGCAGCAACGUGGAGGUGUUGCACCACACCAAGCCCGACAAGUACCAGCUGCACCUGCACGAGAGCUGCGUGCUGUCCCUCAAGUUUGCCUACUGUGGCAAGUGGUUCGUGAGCACGGGGAAAGAUAACCUUCUCAAUGCCUGGAGGACACCUUACGGAGCCAGCAUCUUCCAGUCUAAAGAAUCCUCGUCUGUCUUGAGUUGUGACAUUUCAGCGGAUGACAAAUAUAUUGUAACAGGCUCUGGUGACAAGAAGGCCACAGUUUAUGAGGUCAUCUACUAAACAAGGACUCUAACAGGGCUGUCCAACUCUGGGAGAAACCAUCUCGGCUCUGACAGGGAGACCCCAGUCGAGGCCCCUGAGGAUGGCGGAGGAGGGGCCGUGAGCAGCCGCGCUCCGGGCUGUGCUCCAGCGGGCUGAGAGGGCACGUGCCCGCCAUGGCCCGGACUCCUGGGCAUGGAUUGAUGUGUCUCACAGACUCGGAUGGAUUCUCUUCUCCUCCUCCCCCUUAACAAUGCUGGCAGAUGCUACAAAUAGAUUUAUUUGGAGGCUUGUGGCUCCAGUUCCCC